AUGGCCUUUGCCACGAUAAACUCCGCCCCCCCAACGCGUGCUCCCCCGAAACAAAAACAAAUUCACAUUCCAGCGAUUGAAGAUGCCUUUGCCGCUGAACCCGCUCUGAAGAAACAAAUCUAUGAUGCGAUCGGCUCAACCCCUCAACACGCUCCUCUAUUUGAAGAUAUCGCCCGAUAUACCUCCAGCCUGCGAACAACGAACGCGAACAUUGCUCAACCUGUCCAAGUGCCCGUGCACGACGGACCCGCCGCCAAAAAACGCAAGAUUGAGAAUGGCGCGCUCGCCGCUGGGAGUGUUGAUGGUGGUGCGCAGUCGCUGGCCGAUCUGAAGACGCACGGAGAGCUACAAUUCUACAUGCAGGAUGUGUCCUUUGCGAUUCCGCAAAGGAAGAAAUUGAUGCUGGAGAUUACGGCGGGCAAGAAGUUUCUUCGGGCAAGGAAUCAAGCCUCGAAGGUGGUGGAGUUCGGGGUUCCUCUGGAUCGCAUUCAGCACGUAUUGUGUCUUCCAGUUCCGGAAAAGAACCAGCGGCAGUUCAACUUUUGCAUCAUCCCUCGGUAUGCUGAUGGGAUCACCACGGCACCGGAAGGUGAACCUACACCCGAGACGAUUGUUUGGAUGGUCAAUGACGGGCCUCCGAAGGCUGCAUAUUCGGGUUCCGGGCAGCAGAUUGGGAAUGGGCAAGGGGAGACGGCUGAGAAUGUGGUCCGGCGGGUGCUGAAUGAUAACUUGUCGCAAGUUCGGGUUGUACGUCCGGAUGCGCAGGAGUUUGUGAGCGCCAUGCCGGAGGCGCAUCGAAAGGGUGAGAAGGCAUAUCAUGUCAAGGCAUUCCGGGGUAGUAAAGAAGGGUACCUCUUCUUCCUGUCUACGGGAAUAUUUUUCGGCUUUAAGAAGCCGCUUCUCUUCUUUGGCUUCGAGACCGUCGAGUCAAUAUCUUACACCUCCGUUCUUCAACGUACCUUCAACCUCAACGUCACGGCGCGCGCUCUCGGCAGUGAUGAGACGCAAGAGUUCGAGUUCUCCAUGAUCGACCAGGCAGACUACGCAGGCAUCGACACCUACAUCAAGACGCACGGCCUACAGGACGCCAGUCUCGCGGAAGCUCGCCGUGCGAAGCAAUACAACAUCAACGGCGCCAAGACAGAAGAAAACGCCGAUGGGGAUGCUCAAGGCGCCGACGAGAGCGAGCUGCAAAAGGCUCAGCGUGAACUCGAAGAUCAGGAGGACGAGGAAGAAGAGGACUACGACCCAGGCAGCGAAGGUGAUAGCGACGGAAGCGGCUCCAGCAGCGAGGACGACGAUGACUCGGCGCAGGACGACGACGACGAAGAGGGGAACCUGGUGGCUAACGAGCUAGGGAGCGAAGCGGAAGACGUUCCGGAUGAUGAGUUGUAA